CAGUGACUGUCAACGUGGCACCGUCAUAUGAUACCAUUUUUCCAACAAGUCCAUUCAUAACAUUUCUGCCCUGCUAUAGAGUUGUCCCGAACAACUGUAAGUGCUGUUAUUGUGAACUGGAACCGUCUAAGAGCAACAACGGCUCAGCUGUGAAGUGGUAGGCCACACUAGCUCACAGAAAUGGACUGCCAGGUGCUAUUGCGCGUAAAAAAUUGUCUGCCUUGGUUGCAACACUCACUACCGAGUUCCAAACUGCCUCUGGAAGCAAUGUCAGCACAAGAACUGUUUAUCUGAAGCUUCAUGAAAUUAGUUUCCUUGGCUGAGCAGUCGCACACAAGCCUAAGAUCACCAUGCACAAUGUCAAAAGACGGCUGGAGUGGCAAGAAUCUCUGGAGUGAUGAAUCACACUUCACCAUUUGGCCGUCCGACAGACAAUGGAGGAUUGAUGAGAAACCUGUGAAGAUUGACAAAUGGGAUGGUGCAGCUGUCAAGAAUUCUCUUGAUGAUGCAGCAAAGAAGGUCCUCUUGGAGAAGUAUGGUUAUGCAGAGAACUUCAAUCUCGUAGAUGGACGUCUCCUUAUUUGCACAAUCUCCUGCCUCUUUGCCAUCGUAGCUUUAAUUUGGGACUUCCUUUAUCCAUUCCCUGAGUCUAAGCCAGUCCUGGCAAUCUGUGUCAUAUCUUAUUUCAUAAUGAUGGGCAUUCUAACCUUAUAUACCUCCUACCAAGAAAAGAACAUCUUCCUUGUUUCUGUCCAGAAGGACCCCACUGGCAUGGACCCUGACCACACUUGGCAGCUUUCAUCUAGUCUGAAAAGGUUUGAUGACCAGUACACACUAAGAGUGUCCUUCUCAGAUGGGAAGUCGAAACACACGCGGGUGCAAGAGAUCACGAAGUCUGUGGGGGCUUUCUUUGACGGGAACGGAACACUGGUCAUGGACCAGUUUGAAAAGUGUGUGUCAAAACUCCAUGAUACCUUGGCCACUGAAAAGAAGACAAAAUAAUAAUGAUCAGACAUAGCCUUCUUUACAAUGCUGCACCACACUGGCAGAAACUGCAGUAGAGCACACUGGUAUUGUACGGUCCUGGGUGCAUUUGAAUUAGUUAUUGGUUGUUAUAAAAGUCUGCACGCCAGCAUUUGUUCAUUAUUUAAUUUGUCCAAUAAAUUUAGACUGUUGUGCAUACAUUUUUUUCUUCCUAUGUUUACCUUGAUACAAGUCUCAUCUAGACAUUGCUUUUAAGAACCCCUAAGACAACUCAAAACAAAGAUUAAUAAAAUAUUUCUUGCACCACUCAAGUUAUCUUCACCAUUGAAUGGUUGUUCUAAAAAUGAAGAGAUUAGUCCUUUUAUUGUUUAACUUCUCUUCCCCACAUUUUAUGCUGCCUUACAUAAUGUGUGCAGUGAAUGACCAGAUCAUUGUUGGAAAUUAUGUAAAAUACGUAUAUAUUUUUUGUCCUGAAAGCCUUAUUCAAUGUAAAUAGUGUAUUUUAAAAGCUUUGCAAUUCUACAUGUAUUUUUCUGUUUAUGGAUUUUGUUACUACAGUAUGUAAUGAUUUCACUUGGGUGUACUAAACUCUGAAUAGCAUCAAGUAAAUGGGUCUCCCAUUUAAGACAAACAUUGCAUAAGGUCCCAGGCCAACAUACAGGCUUUAUAAGGCUUUAUUAAAGGGCAAAAGAAACGAUCUGAAAAGGGACUGUAUCCACACAUUUACUAGUGUCAUCACCAUUCCUCUCUUCAAGUACAUGGUUUGUUGGAAGUGUUUCUUUAAAGUUGGAAUCCAUUUUGGUGAAACUGCCAAGUCCUUCUGCGAGAUUACAGCAACAAAUAUGUUACUCCGAAAAAAGUUUUUUUCCCCCUCCAGAUAUUGAACAUCAUUGCACGCAGAGAAGAACUGCAGAGUAUGUACUGCGAUUUUAUUUGUAUAUAACAGCGCCACUGGUAUAUAUAUGAUCGGUGGCGCUGUUUCACCUUUCGCGGCUCUCAGCUUUAAAGCACGGGUAAUUGUUUUGAUGUACAUGUUUUGUCAGCGAUUUGGAAAUUAAAUAGUAUUGAUUAGUUAUCCUCACGUAGGAGUGCAUGACCAUUGGUUUUCAAUUUCCAGUCUCACAGAAUAUUGAAUACACAAGCACAUUUUUUGGGGACUUAUAUUGGUAGAGUUUCCUGGAUUCAGUUUAUUUCUCUGUAGUAUGACUUUAAAAGUGAGUGGUACAGAGACAUUGCCGUUUUUGUCCGUAGAUUUUUGGCUUUAGCAACCUUAUUGUACGUUCCUGUUCUUCAUAUAAGUUUAAAAUAAAGUUAGAAAGCAUUUUUA